UGGCUGGCUCCCGAGCAGACGGCGGGGAAGCAGAAGCCCUACAUGUACACGCAAGGCCAGGCCGUCCUCAACAGGUCCUUCUUCCCCGGCUUCGACACCCCGUCGGUCAAAUGCACGUACUCGGCCACGGUGCAGGUCCCCGAGGGUUUCACGGCUGUGAUGAGUGCCACAAGUUGGGAGAAGCAGAAGGAUAACACCUUCGUCUUCAAGAUGUCCCACCCGAUCCCCUCCUACCUGAUCGCUCUGGCUGUUGGGGACAUUGUGUCUGCUGACGUUGGCCCAAGGAGCCGCGUCUGGGCCAAGCCCUGCCUGAUCGAGGCUGCGAAGAAGGAAUAUGAUGGGGUGAUCGAGGAGUUCCUGGCUGUCGGAGAGAAGCUCUUUGGACCUUACGUUUGGGGCAGGUAUGACAUCCUGUUCAUGCCGCCCUCCUUCCCGUUCGGCGGGAUGGAGAACCCCUGCCUGACCUUUGUGACGCCCUGCCUGCUGGCUGGGGACCGCUCCCUGGCCGACGUCAUCAUCCACGAGAUCUCCCACAGCUGGUUUGGCAACCUGGUCACUAAUGCCACGUGGGGCGAGUUCUGGCUGAACGAGGGCUUCACCAUGUACGCCCAGAGGCGCAUUUCCACCGAGGUCUACGGUUCCGCGUACACCUGCCUGGAGGCUGCGACGGGAAGGGCCCUCCUGCGCCAGCACAUGGACAACACCGGGGAGGAGCAUUCGCUCAACAAGCUGCGGGUGGUCAUCGAGCCAGGUGUCAAUCCGGAUGACACAUACAACGAAACACCUUACGAGAAGGGCUACUGCUUCGUGAGCUACUUGGCCCAUCUCGUGGGGGACCAGAGCAAGUUCGAUGCCUUCCUCCAGGCCUACGUGAACCGGUUCAAGUUCCAGAGCAUCACGGCAGACGAUGCCCUAGGUUUCUUCCUGGAAUAUUUCCCAGAGCUGAAGGAGAAAGGCGUGGACUCCAUCCCAGGCUUUGAGUUCGACCGCUGGCUGAACACGCCGGGCUGGCCCCCCUACCUGCCCGACCUCUCCCCAGGGGAGCAGCUGAUGAAACCGGCAGAAGAGCUGGCAGAGCUCUGGGCAGCUGAAAGCUUGAACAUGGAGGCAAUCGAAGCCGUGGACAUCACGGCCUGGAGGACAUACCAGUUGGUCUACUUCCUGGAUCAGAUCCUGCAGAAAUCUCCCCUGCCAGAAGGCAGUGUGGAGAGGCUGAGCAAGACGUACCCCAAAAUCUCCAAGGCCCAGAACGCUGAGCUGAGACUCCGCUGGUGCCAGAUCAUCCUUAAGAACAACCUCGAGGCUGAGUACAGCAAAGUCAAGGACUUCCUCCAAAGCCAG